UAUCAUACGAAAGUGAAAAUUUGAAAGACUUCUCGGGUUACAGGCUUGUUUGUAUGGCAAUAAUUAACAGUAUAUUAGAAAAUAGUGUGUGUUCUGAAUGUAAAUAUGGUCCAUUAAAAAUCAAGGAAGAUGUGCAGUGUCAUAGAGGUUGGGCUUCAAAGUUAGUUCUAUCUUGUACAUCAUAUGGAUUGAAUGAAAACUAUUUUACUUCUCUCACUUCAGAAAAUGGACAGUAUCAAGUUAAUCGUAGAUCAGUUUUUGCACCGAGAUGUAUAGGAAAGGGCCAUGCUGCAGGUGAAAUUUUCAGUGCCAUCGUGGACCUGCCUCCACCAGUAGCAAAUUUUGAACUUUACAAUAAAAUAGUUAAUGAUACUGUGUGUAAAGGAGCAGAAGACAGUAUGAAGAGGGCUUCUGCAGAAUGUAAAGUUGUAAAUGAUGGUGAGGGUGAUAUUGCUGUGACUGCGGAUGGUACCUGGAUGCAGCGUGGACAUGUUUCCAAAAUACAAAAUGUAAACGAGUCACUCAAUGGUGUGAUUCGGCAGGGAUGCCCUAAGACAGGUUUUGCAUCCACAUUUACAGUUGAGACAGCUGUUGAAGCUGCUGUAGCUUGAUUCAGUGAUGGCAAUAUUGCAAGGGCAAAAGUUCUGAACAAGAUGGGAAUUGUUCCUGGAGUUUGGUGUCUUACAACAUUGCACAAACUGGAUGAAGUGAGAAUUCUGCAAGCAGAUUUCAGGACAAAAAGCGGUGCCCAACAGGAGAGAAGAAAGAAAAGAAAGGCAGCUAGAGGUCAAGAUGAUGAAGAGGAGCAAAAGGAGGCAGAUUAUGGAGCAGGAGAACACUAAUUGUA